AUGUAUUUCGCCUCCGUGGUGCUCCGUGGAGGUGCCUCCGCCUCAUAUGCCUCCCGCUGCUUCGCCACCCACUCCUUUAACGCGUCCCCUGGCUAUGCGGCAGCGGUGGCCGCUGAAAGCGGGCUAUACGGCUCCGAGGUCCUGAAGACGGCUAGGGGUUUCCGCAGGUUCGUCGAUGAGGCCAUCGAGAGGUACCGGAAUGACAACCCUACCUGUGAAUAAUGGGCACUGGAUGCCUCCACUAAGCUCACAUGUCGUUGCCGAUUGCCCUCUGUUUGCUACGGGUGCCGGGUUCAAGAACCGAGGAGCUGGUCUCACGUAUAUCUCAGCUUCCUGCCUCUGCGGAUAUCAUAGGCGCCAUGGACGAGAUAUCCGACACUGUGAGCGUCGUCUUUCUUUUUGCUAUUCUACGUGUUUUACAUACAUUUAAACCACUAUAAAGCAAUGCAAACUCAAUUAUCCGUCCAUCAGGUCUGCUCUGUCGUUGAUUCUGCCGAACUCUGCAGAAAUACUCAUCCUGACAGGUGACUACCUUUUGUUACCGAUUUAGCCAUCCUCAUGAAUUAUUUUCUUCAUAAUUUUGUUUGAUAAAUUUCCAUGGCUAUUUUCUAUUUCUGCUCGUUAUUUGGAAUUAUAUACCUUACUACCGGUUUCCAUUCAGGGAGUAUGUGGAGGAGGCUAACCAGGCAUCGAUGAGAAUGUACGAUUAUAUACAUGUGAGUUGCCGUCAUCUUGUUUUAAUUUUGGAAUAUCUAAUUGAUACUUUUUCUUUCUUUUUUCUGUACUGUAACGUGUUGUUAAACAAAGGGUUUCAGUGAGAAGAUUCUCAACAAUUUUGGACCUCGGAUAUACAUAAUUUUGAGAAAAAUACGUCUACAUUGACUUGGUUUGUUUCUGUAAAGUCAGGAGAACUUGAUGUGGAUUGCCAUUCGAUAUAGGUCGAAAGGAACUUUGCUAUUCCAGAGAGAGAAUAUUUUUAAUAAUGGAGGAAUAGUGGAUUCAUGUAAAGGAAAAAGGAAUUCCAAAUAUGUAUGAUUAACGUCAAACUCGCCAUAUUUGUAUAAGCUUUGGCUGAAGUAGUCCUGACGAUUUCCAACAACUAGUUGAUCUAUGUGACCUGUCUGAACAAACUGAUUUCAGUGUCUCAUGUAGCAAGGCAGUAUACUUGGAGGCUUGUAUUACUCUAAGCUAACCACGUUUUGGGUCAGGUUAUGUUAAAUAAAUUAUGAUUUGGAGUCUCAUCCUAACUGGAUUUGAUCUACCUACUGGAUACCUACAGGAUAUAGACUGAAUCAAGCUCAGGUAUUGGCCAUGUCUGACCAAAGAUGUAUGCAUGAGCUUUGCAUCAAGCAUAUAACCCCUUUAUUAAGUCCACUCUUGACCCAAUGUGAUCUAAUUCCACUCAUUUUGUCAAAGUACACAUUUUAAACCAUCAUUGUGCUGAUAGAUUUAUUGAAAAUAUUUACAAGGAUAGUUUUUAAAUUAUCUAGGGAUGAAAGUUGCGUAACAUUUGAUUUUUGCAGUUCCCUAGGUCAAGUCAACUUUGGCUCUCGAGGGGGGCUCAUGGUGCACUGAUGUUUUGUUUUCCUUGGGCAUGCAUGCAUGUAUAAACAUGUACAGUGUGUUACCUGGUAGGGGUUUCCACUCAAAAUAUAGGACACCAGAAAAAAUCAUCCCUCACUUUGAUGAACACAAUGUGUAUAUGAUUAUUUCUAGCUGUUUGUGAUCUUGCCAUUGCAAUCUGUCUGUUGCAUGAAAUCACAAAUGAAAUGACAUUUUCCAUGUAAGUCAAAUGCAUAUUUUAUAGAAGAGUUGUGGAGACUACACUAGGCAUAAAGUUCAUAUUACUUACCGAAUAACCAUGAAUAAAUAGCAGACCUUAGAAAUAGGCCUCAGUCUGAAUAAUCAUUGUUAUAUUUAAUUUAUGUAGAUAUCUAGCCUAUAUAUUUCAGUAGUCUUUAAAUGCAUUGUGCUGUGUUUGAGAUAUAUCCUUUCACACCGUUUCAGAGUUAUUAUGUUUUUUCUGCUAACAUAGGAAUUCUUCUUGGUUUAUUAAUUUUGACUUUCUCACAUUGUGCUGUGUUUGAGAUAUAAUAAUAUCGAUGUAUCACUCAUGAAUAUGAUACGACCCCGGACUUCCAUUGCAGAAAAAAAGUAGAGGAUUGGCUGAACAGAAGCACCGGAAUAGGAAGUUGAUAGAGAAUGAUAAAGAGGGUUCCUCUGGAACCCCAGCUGUUGGAGACUGUUUGAGAGGGCCACCACUCUCCCCUUAACACCAAAAAGCUCGAUACCCCUUUCCCUCUGUCAAGAACCCUAUUUCUGACCUAAGUCCCCUUGGACAUUUGUUGAAAAAGGCCCUAAUCUGAUGACUUUGACUCUUCUCCCCUUCUAUCCUGCAUAAAUUGUGUUCGGAUCGUAUCAUAAUACCUUUAAUAUUCUUAGGUAUAGACAGUUAGUAUUCUUACUUUUUCUUGAAUUUUUUAGAUACUGCUUUAAAUGAACAGCAUUUUGCUCAGCAUUGUCUUUGAAUUUUCUAAUAUGUCUUCUGUCUAGUAAAUGAAGUGAUCUUUCUAGACUUUACUUAUCCACAUCAUUUCUUUUUCGGAAUUUGAUGUCAUUUCUGACUCUCAAUGCUUUUCACCAAGAACUGGCAUUGUGAGAUAAGUGCAGCGUCUUAUAUGAACGUACCAUUGAAUUAGGUCGUUGUUCACAUGCUUCUGCAUAGGACCAUUGCAGUUUGUUGUCACUUGGUGCUUUAUAUCAGUCUUCAGGCCAUGUCGAUUCAGAUUUCUCAAAUGUGCUGCACACUAUCUCAUUUGGAGGAUGGAUUAACAUGCAAAUUAUGUUUUUACACCAUCAAAAAAUGAACCAUUACGUAACUAAUAUAAGGUCAAAUAUUUGAUCCGCAACCAUGUGUCCAAGAGCCAUCAUGCCACAUGAUGAUAUCAUAUUUUUAACUUCAUUUUUACUAUUUAAAAUAUGAUAUCACAUUUUUAUCAACAAUAAUGAAGGUUUUAGCUGUGAUAUAGAAAUGCUUUACAGAAGGUGAAAUCAUAUUGGUUCCCAAAUUUCACUUUCACCAACGAAACCUAAGACAUCCAAGAAGCCUAGAUUGAGUGAUUUUUAGAGAUUUUGUCUUCUAACAAAGGAAAGACACAUCCAGUGACACUUUUGUUUAGUUGCCAUGGACAAUUGUUGGCAUUUUAGUAUGAAUGAGCUUUAUGAAUAAAUCAAUACACUUUUAUGCAGAAUGUAGAAAUGAAAAUCCAUAAUAUACCUUCCAAACUUUAAUGCCACUUCUUUCGCCAUGCCCUUUUUUACAGUGUUUGAACACCAACCAUACUUUGUACAAAGCGGUGAUGAGUGCUGAACAAGAGGCUGUCUUUCCCACAAGAGAAGCUGAAAGGAUGGCACACUCCUUGCGUGUUGAUUUUGAGAGGGGAGGCAUCCAUCUUUGUGCACGUAUAUCUCGUUCUCAUGACCUUGAUGUUUAGGUGAUUUGUGUUUUCUCUUCUAACUGCGUUGUGGUAUCUGCAGACAAGCUGGAACGUGUUAAUCAGUUAAACAGUGAAAUUUCUCUUCUUGGUAGAGAGUAUGUCCCUAUAAUUGAUUUUUUCUUUUUACGUUUCAUUUAAUUUUUUAUACAAUUUACUGCCUCAAUUAACUGAGGGGACUCACUUCUCAUAAAGUUAUUUCAGUGGAAACAUUUAUAGUUGGUGGUUUCAUUCAGCAUCUUGCUUUAUGGUUUUCUAACUGCAUUUAUGGCCUCCUCAUCAUUCCAGGAAACCAAACAUUAUAGCAUCAGACUGAUUCCUUGCAACCAAAUUAUCUAGUGGUGAUGGUCAAGCUUUGUAAUUUAAUGAUUUCAUCUUCAUGUGACGUUUUACUAUUUUUGAGAUCUACUUUCAUGAGGUUAACAAACAAAAAAUUGGCGAGGAGAUUUGGAAUGACGUUUAUGAGGUUAAAAUUGUUGUUUGUAGUCUCUGAAAAUGGCUGUAGAAACUUUUUUCCCCUACUUGUGAAAGGAUGGGGAAUGAGAUCUUUAUGUCUAUCAAUAACUGCAUGCACUGUGCGGUGAAUGUGAAGAAGUAGGCCGUUGUCUUGCAAUAAAUUGUUAAAGAAGUAUUUGCAGUGAAUCCCCUGUUCAGUAGUCAGAUGGGGGGCACCCAGCUCAUUUUAUAAAUUCGCAAAUUAGAUCAUUUCUCUUUAUUUGAAUAAAAAAUUCUACGUCUUGGAACCAAACAAGUUUUGCAGCAGCUUUGUGAUAAUGGAACCAACCCGCAAGAAGCAUUUAUGCUAGAAAAACCAAUGCACUGAUCGCAGUACAAUGGAGUUGUAAUUCACUAUUUAUUUCAGAUGCUCGCCAAAGCUGAAAAAAGCAAGGGAUUAUUCGUAUUCCUCAGAAACCCACACCAACAUCACCAUUUAAUAUUUCUUGACCCACUAUUGGCCAAGCCACCUGGGGACUGGGUGCAGUGUGAGUAGGAUCACUUGACUAUGCUUAAUAAUUAGAAAAAUGAGCGCCAUGGAAGUACAUGCCACUCACGUGGUCAGUACUUGACCAGUGAUGCAUGGAAAAUCGUCGGGAUAGCUCAGUUGGUAGGGCAGAGGACUGAAAAUCCUCAUGUCGCCAGUUCAAAUCUGGUUCCUGACACGUAAUUAAUAAUUGGAAGAAUACUCAUACAAAUUCAUCGUGGAACGGAAUUGACCACUCAGUAGAGUCCUGGAAACACUGGUUUAUUCCAUAUUUUUUUACCAUCCCAUUUAAUCAAUGUUUUUGUUGACUUGUACAGUUUGCACAUUUUUGCUCUGCCCAAGAAUUAUUCAGUGCAACAUCUGCACAGUUUGUUACAAAAGUGGCAAACUACUCCAUUUUAGCCCCCUCUUUUUUUUUCCAAUUUUUCCAUGGUCUGAACUAGUUCAGGACAAGGAAGCUUAUUGCACGCAAGGAAUAUCCUAUUAUUAUGAUAUUGAAUAAAAGAUAUUCAAGUACUUUGUUUUUGAUGUAGGAUUGUGAUACAUUGGCCAAGCUCAUGACAUUUCUUACAUUUUUCCAGUUCUAUGUCUUAUCCUUAAGUUGAUAGGUUGAUAAUCCCAGGCCUUUUUUGUGGAAGGAAAGAAAGUAGUUAAUGCAGAAGUUGGUAAAAUGGUUGCACACUGUUUUUUGAUUGUGGCUUUAGAAACCUUGAUAAAUCUUAUACAAAAUGAAUUGAGAAAUACGAAGAAAAUGUCAUUGUGAAUUUCACAGUUCCAUCUUGUUUGCUUUACACGUCAUUAAUCAUUAACUGGCUGACAGAUUUUAUAUUACACAAUGGUACACAGUAUACAAUAAUGUGACUGCGGAUUUCGAUGAAAUAUGAUUGUAUUCCAUAAUUUUGCUUCUUUGCCUUCUGAAUUAUUUAAUGCGGUGCUAAUGAUGUUGACUACUAUUUGGUAUUUCCCCUGGUUAAAUGGUGAUUCUCAAUUUUUUUUUCGCUUACAAUAAAAUAAUUCUAGGUAAGAAUGCUUUAGUAUCAUGUAAGUAUGAGGUCUUACAAGUUGGUUUGUGGGUUUAUAUCUCAGGCCUAUUAUUAACAAAUGAAUUGUGAAAAGUUUUGUCAAUCAAUUUAAAUAAUGAGAAUUUAAUUUUCUUGCACUAUAAUUUUUGGAAUGUGGUGAAUCGAAUUUGCCCACUUAAAACUUUACUCAUUAUGCUUUUUCGUUUUCAGGUUUAAUGAAAAUAUCAUCAUUGACCCAGGUUCCAUUGAAGUAUUUCCUGCUUCACGUAUCCCUAAACAUAUGCACCAUCUCCUAAAGCCCAUUUAUCAUCGAGACAAGCAAAAAGAAAAGGGUUUUCACAUAAUAACUGACCCUGUUACUCUAUCUUCCCUAUUGAAAUGGGUUCCAGAUUCUGAGGUAGUUUUUCUUAUUAUAACCUUUUCCUUGGUGGAUUAUUACAUAAUCCAAAUAUUUCUCAUAUUUCUGACGAAAGUAAAAGGUUUAGAAACCAAUCCUUGCAUUCCUGUCACAGUCACUGUUACAUGGACUACUGCAUGACAAUCAGUGAUAAAAGAGUUUUCUUAAUGAUCACCCCAUUGAUUUUCUUCACUCUUUAUAAUAUGUGUGCAUUGGAUGCAAGAGUUGCUUCUUUCAUUGAUCACUUCCUCGUUCUUUCUUUAGUAUGGCUUUGUAACCAAACAUAAGUACAUUAUUUUUGUUGCACAUUUUUAAGAUGCAUAUUUCAACUUUUGUGGCACAAGUUCCUCUUUCUAAACUGUCAUCAUGUAGCAUACAGUUGCCCUAUAGAGACGGUGGAUGAUAAUAUUGUUUCAAUGAUACUCUGAAAUAUUUAUGGGCCGCACAGAACAAUAUGGUAACCCAGAUUUGAAUAAAAUUUAUGAGACAUCCAGACAUAACCUUGUGUAAUUAUCUUUUUCGUAUAGCUACCUUUCAAAGAGGUGUUUCUCGUGUGCUAUAGAUUUUUUUGGUGAAUACUGUUCGAUAACACCUUCUAUGAAUGAUUACUGUCGCAUUCAUAUUCACCAAUUUUUUAUUGUUGUCAAGACCACUCAAUAUCUUUCAGAGCUGAGAAAGGUUCUGGGCCACUUCAGCAUGAUGCCUUCAGUAAAUUUUCCCUUUGGAAUAGUUCUAGUCAAUUGUACAACUCCUUACUCCCAAAACAAAUGAACAGUAAUUCUAGGUCUCGGUUUUUGAAAGCACUAGUGGCCUACCCCAUGUACUAUUUGUCCAAAUGUCCUUGAAGGAGCUGAUUGUUCGCUAUCUUAUUAAAAUCAGAUGUGAAACUGGUUCUAUGAUGGGAUUGUCAGGGCAAGGGAUUUCGUGGCCUUAUCCAUGGUGCUUUGCCACCUGAGUGAUAUUAGGAUGCAUCAUUGAGUCAAUAGACUGGUGCGUGGAUUUGAUUCAUGUAGCUGUGCUAAUUGGUAGUGAUUUGAUCUGGCCUGAAAGUGGAUCGACGAGGGCCGUUUGAUAUCUGAUAAUAAUGUGAUUCAACUCAAAAUUCAAUCUACUCAUGUGCAUAUGAAUGCAUAAAUAUCAGUUUUUCCGUUGGAAUGGAAUUGACUUGGUUAAUUCCGACAUCACUCCUGCCAAGACUACAAGUAGGUUAUAAUUUGGAUGAUUUUUUGUUUAGUUCGAAACACCUCUUAUGUCAUCCACUUUAAAAAAACCAUUUUAAAGUGGGAGUAUUUGGAACUCUUUGUUGAAUACUUAAGCGACCUCCUUGGCUGAGAAUGGCUCUUACUAGUGACUCAAUCUCAUUUUUCUGGUAGUGGGAGUAUUUGUAAGGCCUCAAAUUUAUAGGCUUUGCUCUUGGUAACAAGUGAAUGGCAUGGUCAAAAGGCAUUCGAGUGGCAACCCUAUCAUCAUUUCAAAAACCUGGGGAAAUUCCUACUUCAAGCAGAUUAUUAGAUCAUUUGGUGCUCUAGUGUCACUAUUUGAGCAAAUAUGGUGCAAUUUGACCAUGUAUUUAUUACUACCUUUAAGUUCCUUCUCUGCUCUUCUCAGUGAAGCAUUGACUUUUGUGAUACUAGAAUCCCUCUUGAAAAUGUGAAUUGUAUCUUUCAUCAUGAAUUUCAUUAUAAACUUUUCAUAACUUGAGGGAAUCCAUCCCAAGGUUCUUAACCAUUGAAUGCCUAGAAUAAAAUCAGUGCUGCUCAAUUCUAGAGGUAAGAAAUCUUGUACUAGUAAAACGCCUUGCGAAUGUAGAGGAACAACUUUGUAAAUUUUUGCUCUGGUCAUUAUGUGGUCAUUGCCCAUGACAAUGUUGUAUCCAUAUGACUCUUCCAUCUAUAAAGAUAAGUUGUCAAUAACCUUGGUGCACAGAAAAUUGUGAGUUGCUGCACUGUCAAUAAGUACAGACACUUCGACAUCAUGUUUUUUGCCCCAUAAUUUUAAGACUCCUUGCUGAGUAAUUCUCAUGACUAAAUUUAAGGGUACAUGUUUAGUGAACACACUCUCAUCAAUGUUGGUUAUAACUUGAUCAGACGAUUCCCAAACUUCAUCAGUGUUGUCAUCGUUCAGUCCUUUUUCGUCUUCAUCCACAAUAACAAUGUUUAACUCUUUCCUACAACAAUGUCUUGGAGUAAAUUUUUCAUUGCAAUAAUAACAUAAUCUUUUAUCUUCUCUUUUGAAACUCCUGGUCUGUCAAUUUGAGUAUCUUGCGGUUGCUCACAGGAGGCUUUGAUGUAAAGGAGUUUCCCUUUGAAUUACCUUCAGCUGAACUCUAAUAGUCCUUCCUGAAAUUACCUUGGUACUUGCAUUUUGGAAUUCUCUUUUGCAAUAAUAAAUGACGAACCUAGUUUGGUUCAUUCUUUGGAGCCAUUUGAUUUUUGGUGAACUCAUUUCUGCUUCUUCUAAUUUCUUAGAGGUGAAUCUUGGCUUGGAUUGAUAAAUCCAUAGUUUCUCUGAGCCCAAAGUGCUUCUGCAUUGUCAAUUCAGAUUUGAUAUCUGGUUUUAAACCCCUCACAUAUGCAUCUUCUAUCACCUCAAUGUGUACAUGAGAUAGAAAAGCUGCAAUUCGUUCAAAUUUAGCCCUGUACUCCCUCACUAAAUUAGUUUAUUGUCACUAAAUUCCCUAUUUUAGAUGUCUUAAAUCAUUUUUCUAAUUGACUCUUGAAGUCGUGUCAAUCACGAAAUAGGAAUCUAUCCUCCAUCCAAAGAUACCGUUCUCGGGCUUCUCUCUCCAUACUCAACAUAACUUGCUUGAGUCCAUCACAUUCUGGCAUUGGAUUUAGGCGGAAGUAUCUUUAUGCACGCCUGAUCCAUCCCUCUAGGCCGUCCCCUUAGAAAACUAGUAGCUCUAUCUUCUAAGUUACCUGCACCUGGUCAUCAUGAGAGGCUGGAUCCGAAUGAGUGGUGCCAUGAUACUAUUGUCUCGGUUCUUCUCUUGGAUCUUUAUUGGGAUACAAACUAGAGUGGAGAUCUUUUAUGGAUAGUUUCUAGAGAAUCUGGUUGAGAAUUUCUUUCUAUUCAUUCGUGGAUUGUUCUUGUUUGGCAUAUCUUUGCUUCAAUUAUGCGAUCUCAUCUACUAGCAAAGCCAUCUACUAUGCCUUGGACCUGGUGAGCAUCUGCUGGCUAAGAUUGGUUCCAGCCUGACUGGUUGGUCGUUCUUUUUGUAACAGUUCUUUUCUUGAAAUUCGUUGCAAUCAGAAUUUAGGAUGAAUAUCUGCUUUCAACCUUGGUAAUCCGAUCCCUGCUAGGGUUGCGGUAACAGAAUCUUGCUUCCGUAAUCCCGUGUGACAGUUGCUCCAAACUCUAGCAAAGCAGACAUAAUAACCUGGCUCUGAUACCAAUAUUACGAACAUCAGAAGAGUUAACAGCUCAUAGAUGAAUCAAAAGGAAUAGGAGAAAGAUCAUGAAGAAGAUUCAAGGACAAUAACAAGUAUUCUUGAGGUCGAAUUGAUCCGCAGAACAUAUGCAUCCAAAUUAGAAUUCGUUAGGGGGAGAAUCUCCCAUUUACCUUCUAGGUUUUUCCUCCCCUCCCAUUAUUUAGGUCCUCCUCUAUGUAUACCAGCUCUGGUACAUUAUUCUUUAGUGGUCCCCAUCAAUGUGGGGGUCCAGGUCAUCUUUUGAAGAUGACGGUUGGCUUUGUAACAGGUUUCCAGAGGAAACCCUAGAACAGUUGGGAUGAAUUUGAAAGCGCCCCACUCUCAUGCUGACUUCUUCCAAAGUGCCCCCACUGUGGGGUCCCCCUUAUUCCUUAUUCCAAAAGCACCCCACCACAGGCCCACUUGCCCUCAGUCCUCCCUUACGUCAUUCUUCCUUUUAUGGUGCCAAGUAUUCCAAAAUGGGUUUGGGUCGUGGGUCUUUGCUCAGAUCCACUAAGUGACCCAAAUAGAGAACUAGGGAGGGACUGAACAUUAUUUUUCUUGCUUUAGAUGACAUUUAUUUGCAUUAUAUUUUCAUGGAAUGCAAAGUUUAAAUGACCAUUUUGGUUGUUUAUUGCAGGUUAGGAAAAGAGCAUAUGUCACUGGAAAUUCUUCCCCACGUGCCAAUCUUGAUGUUGUUCAUAGGCUUAUUGCUGCUCGCCAUGAGCUUUCUCAGGUUUCUUUUCAUUUUUCCUCCCUUUGCAAAAUCAUGUUAUACUUCAUGGAUUACAUGGCUCAAAUCGACAUUCUCAUCUUGUGACAUGACGUUUGUGCCAAUGAUUCCUUGGUACUUGCAGUCAUGGUUGAUGGAAGUUGGAUUUUAGUUAACUGGUAUUCAUUUUUAUCCAUGGAUACUAAUUCUGGAGCCCAUGGGUAUCAAGCUGUGGAUUACCAAGUUUGAGAAAACCAUUUCUGCACAAGUUUCUGGAAAGAAUGGGCCCUGGCACUUGUUAAAAUCGCAAAUUUGGUAACCAUACAUUCUGAAACUAUUAUAUGUAAAGCCCAAGAUUUUGAGGUGGCCAAAGGCUGAUGUAAGGGGUUGCAGAGUGAAAUGGGCUCCAGGAAGGUCACUUCCAGGAGAUAUGUGUACCUUCAUGACAAGGAGACUGUUUGGGAGGUGACUGUCCACGUGCAACUAUGGCCUUUGAUAGAUGUAUGCCAGUUGAAUAUGCGUAGCUUUAAUGAAUAUGCUUUAUUGUAUGCUUCAUAUGCCACAUAAUAUUCAUUAGGUUUUUAGGACGGUGUAUUUUAUUAAAUGCAAGUUUACAGCACCUAAUUGCCAUAUGUGCAUUCUCUUGUGCAAUAGGAACAGUCAUCUAUACCCUUUUCUCCCAGAUGCCAUUUACUGUUUCUUAUCUGACAUCAUUACUUCGAACAGAGAUCCGUGUAUUAUAUAGAGCCUUUGUCUGUACAUUCUAUGAUUGAAGUGUUUUAAAGACUACCUGCUUUAGGCAGGAAAGACAAAACUUUUUGUGCUUAUUUAUAGAAAGUUUCCAACUCAAUUUCACUCGUUCUUGGGCAAAAAUAUAUAGCUUUGUCUCUGAAAGCACUCUCCACUAUUUUAUAUUGUUCCCAGAUCGUACCAUCUGCCACAAUAUCCAGAGGUUCUUUUUGCAACAUAUGCUGGCAGAGGAAUUAUUUUGUUAAACUAAUCUUAAAGGGUUACUUUGACAUUAUUGAGUGUGGCUUCUAAUAAAUGUCUUUUCUAUGCCUCUGAAACUGUAGCAACCAGGUGGCUUUGAUGUGUUUCAUUGUUCACUCAUUGAGAUUUUACAGAAUUCAGAAUGGCAUAUCUUUGAUUGUCAAGAGGUAGCAUCAUGUGUGAAACAAGCACUGGUUGAAGAUACCUCUCUGUGACAUUUAUUUGAUAGACCAAUGGGUUAUGUGUAUCUUGGCGUGUUCAGUAGUGUUCACUGUAGUGCUGUUAAAAUGAUCCAAGCAUGUGUCAUAAAUUUUUUUAAUGGAAGGAAGUUGAGAACAUUCCUCAAGGAAUCCUGGGUCAUAGGUGGGAGGACAUAAUGUGAUGCAUGAAUACUGAAUGUUGCAUCUGAGGCAACUGCAAGCUUGGCCAUUUUUUGGCCGUGCAGUUGAUUAAUGAUGAAUAACCAACGUCAAUGGUUGUAAGCUGGAUGAUUGAUGAGAAUGUCGAUUUUCUAAUUCAAACUUUUGCGAUGGUCAUAAGUGGGUUUGAUAGCAGAUGUUCAUGUUGAUUUCCUAAUGCCAACACUGAGUGGAAAGACGCAAAAAGCAAAUCUUUAGCAAUUGUAACAUGAUAAGAUUGUAUAUUUGUUGAACUCAUCAAUGGGCCAGACGGUGGUGAGUUUGGGUGAUAGUCAUACAUUAGUGACAGAGGUGUUAUUUGUUUACCUCGGAUGACAAUAAUUUUGGCUUCCCGCUGUAAAGGGUAUAAUGUACUAGGUGAAGAUAAACUUUGUAGUAUUAAAGUUCUUUACUGGACACUUAUUUAGGGGCAGGAGACUUGUGAAGUAGGCUUGUCCAGUUAAAGUCGAAUCAUUAAUCUCUCUUAUGUUUUUGCCUAGAUCGAAGUGCAGAUAGAUUGAAGUAUGAAAGCUCUUUUCAGAGAUACAUGUGCAGCACCCUUCCGGGUUUUUCUUGUUUGGUUCAGGCAAAUGUCAUUUAUCUUUACCAUGUUGCUGACUAUAUCAUAUUGCCGGGUCAGCAGUCAGACUCCAAACUAACAUGAAGACCUGCCGCUAUCAAUAUAGGUAACUAGCUGUUGUCCAUUAUGUGGCUGCAAUGUCGACCUGACAGUUUGUGAAUGAUGUUUUCUGAAAUUUGUAGUGGGAAGGUUAGUGCGAUGGUGGAGAUCCUAACUAUACUACACACCAAACUUGAGUAAAGCUUUUCUGCAGAGUUAGGAGAGAUUCUGUUUGAUAUGGAACAGAUUGCUUGAUUGAGUGAUGGUGGAAGCCAAGACAAAUAACUGUAUAGUCUAUGGGUACUUUCUUCCAUGACUGUUUAUGUUGAAAACUCAGAUUCUGAAAAAUCUACAACCUCAGAUGUUCAGAAGCAUUCAUUUUCAUUGGAGCAAUAUUCAUUAAUAUCAUGAUCCUCUCAUAAAUAAUUGUGCAGUUUUUGGUAAUAAUUUGAAGCUUUCUUAUUUUCGGCACCAUUUCGAUCCAAAAAUGGAUUUGCCAGGCGUUCAAUAUCCACCAUCCCGAGGUUGUGAUACAAUCCUUCUUGGAAGGAUUGGAUCUGAGUGAAUCCGGAGAGAAACAAAAUUGAUUCUCAAAAUCGGGACAAUGUUGUAAGAUAGAAUGUCAGGAUGACAGUUCUAUCAGAAUACAAGAAAUGGAAGAGAGAAAGAAGAGUAAAAGGGGUGGGGAAUGAAUUUGAGAGGAUUCCCCUACCUCUUUUGGCUUUGACUGUUCUCCUCCUUUUUCCCCCCCCCUUCCCCCCCCGAAGUUUAUUUAUAGUCCUCACAUGUGCAUUGCAUGGGGUUGUUACAUUACUCCCCCCCUCUAGAUUCACUUUCUUCUCUAGGUGAAAUUAUGGAACUUAGUGAACAAUAUUACGAGCGAGCUCCCUUGAAGCCUCAUGAUCUGGUAGAUUGGCCCAUUGCACUAGAACCUCUAGACCUACUGGUGUCUUCUGCACUCCUUUGAUUGUUUGAGGUUGGACAUGCCAUUCUAUAUCUUUGGUGAGAGUGAAUGUGGAAGUGGCUGAGGCGAAUUGUUGGUUGAUAAGGCCUGCUGAAGUUGAGAUAUAUUAGAUACUUGGUGAAUUGAUGAAAAAGAUGGAAGAUCAAGCUUGCAUGUUGUUUGGCCCACUCAAGAGAGGAUUUUAUAUGGCCCAAAAAAUCUUCAAGAAAGCUUAUCAGUUCCCUUGCAUGCUAGAAAUUUCAUUUUGUAAGGACGAAGUCAUAGAUAGACACUAUCAUUUACUUGAAACUCCAUUGGGUGACGAUGAUGGUCCGCCUUUCAUUUCAUUUGAGAUUAGAAGUUCUGCAAAUGUUGUUACAGCAGGCUAAGUAUUUGAUCACAUUCUAGCAAUUGUUGGUCUAUGGCUAAAAUUAGAGAGGGGAAAGGCCCAUAGUUGAUGAUGGCAGGUGGAUCACGCCCAUAAACUACUUUGAAUGGGGUGUUCUUGAUAGAAGAGUGGUAAGUUGUACUGUAGGACAAUUCCACCCAAUGUAGCCAAGAUUGUCACUCCUUGGUCAAUCUGACACAAAAGAUAGGAUUCUAAAGAUCUGUUCACCACCUCAGUCUGUUUGUCUGACUGAUGGUGAUAGGAUGGUGGCAAUACACCUCAUGUCAGAUAAGGAUAGCUCAUGCCAGACAAGGAUAGCUCACGCCAAACAAGGGUAGCUCACGCCAGACAAGGAUAGCUCACACUAGACAAGGAUAACCCAUGUCAGACAAGGUAAGCUGAGUUCCUUGCAAAUUGCAUAUCUCAUGCCAGUAAACACUUUCUCAUGGUCAGAAACAAUAGAUUUAGGUAAGCCAUGUAAGUGAACAACAUCUUUUACAAAAGCUCGUGCCACUUGUGGUGCAGAAAAUAGGUAUUUUAAAGGAAUAAAAUAGUUGUACUAACUAAGACAAUCAACCAUGUCCAAUAUAGUAUUAAAGCCAUUAGAUCUUGACCAACCUUUUAUAAAGUCCAUAAAAAGGUCUUCCCAUGCCUAAUGUGGAAUGGGUAGUGAUUUUAAAAGGCUUGCGCGAGACAAGGAUAAGAUCUUGUUCCUAUAGCAUUUCCACAUACUCUUUGAUAGUUCUUUUCAUGCCUUUCCAAAACACUUGCUAUGAUAAUCUUUUAUAUGUGCAUAGGAACCCCUAUGGUCUCCUACUGGCGAAUCAUGAUCUUCUCAUAAUAGGAGUGUUAUUACAGUUGAUUCAGAUGAUAACACCAGCUGAUUCUUGUAAAGUAGCAUCCCAUGAUGCAAGGAGAAAUGAGGAUGAGCAUUUGAGCCAGUAGUCAAUUCAUCCAUAACAGCUUGUAGCUUGGAAUCUUGUGAAACUUCUUUCUGAACGAUAACAAGGUCCAACAAUUGGAGUUAGAAAACUAAAGUCGCCCCUAGCUCCCCAUCUGUGGUGCUCGGGACAAGGCAUCAGCAGCAGUAUUAAGGCAUCCUUUAUAUCUGAUAACAAAAUUGAACCCCAAUAAUUUGAUGAGUCAUUUGUGAUAUUGUUGGUGGACAUACCACUGUUCAAGAAGAUAUUUCAGACUAUACUGAUCAGUUUUAAUGAUUAUGGGCUGAUGAAUUAAGUAGUCCUAUCAUUUUUGUACUGCUUUAACAAUGACAAUGAGCUCCCAAUUGUAAGCUGACUUGAACUGAUGCCUCUAGGGGAGGACUUGGUUGUGGAAAGCCACUGGUCUUCCAGAUUGCAUAAGAACCUCCCCUCCUACAGACACACACACUAUGUUUUGAGGCAUCUAUUUUAAGAACAAAUGGUAAUGAAAAGUUAGGCAAAUCUAAGGCUGGUGUAGUUGUCAUUGCCUCUUUGAAUUGGAUGAACACCUCUUGAGAAGCUGUACUUUAAACAUAAGAGUUUUUCUUCAGUAGGCGAGUGAGGGGCCAUGCAAUGGAAGCAUAGUUAGCUACAAACUCCCUGUAGUAACCUGUGAAACCAAGAAAACCUCUUAUCUCCCUAAUAUUCCUUGGAGGUUGUUAGUGGAGCAUAGCUGAAAUCUUGCCUUCAUCUACAACAAUCCCUUCCUUAGAAAUUCAAUGACUAAGAUAUCCAAUAGAGUGUUGGGCGAACUGACACUUUUUAAAAUUGAUACAGAGAUUGUUUGUAGAUAGAACAUAUGAGUCGAUUGAUGAAUUGCAUGGUAAGAGUAUUUUCUCUAAAAUAGAUUUGAAGUUAGCUUACUAUCAACUUCGUAUGAAAGCUACAGACGUUCCAAAGAUGACAUUUAAAACUCACAAUGGGCAUUAUGAAUUUAUUGUUAUGUCCUUUGGACUUUUAAAUGCACCAACGACUUUUUAGUUGCUUAUGCCUAAGCUGUUCCAACACUUUCUUAGGUAGUUUGUACUCAUAUUUUUUGAUGAUCUCCUUAUCUACAGUCGCAAUAGUCAAUCAUGAAGAACAUAGGAUAUCAAUUUAGAAUUAUUUUUUCUUAUUUAAGGCUUGAUAAUCCACACAAAACUUUCAACCACCGUCCUUUCUUUUACCAAUAAGAUUGAACUUGCAUAAGGACUCUAUAAGGGUUGAAUAAAACUUGUCGUCAAGAAUUCUUGGACCAACUUCUCAAUUUAUCUUUCUGAAAAUGAGAAUAGUGAUAUGGUCUUAGGUUUACCAGCCUACUACCUAGAACAAUCUUAAUUGACUGGUCCACUUUGCCCUUUGGCAAUAGUCCCAUUGUGGGUUGAGAAAAUAGAUGCAAAUAAUUGUUGGAAAUGAGAUUCAGUAGGGGAAAUAAUGGUUGUACUUUGCGUAACUCCAAGAGGAUUGAGGGCUGCUGCCUGAUGACCUUUUCUAAUAGUUUCAAUGAAACUUUUGAUUUAGAUAACUUUGGAUUUCUUUUGAGAACUCUGAACACCCUAUUUACUGUGAACUUCAUAGUUAAGUUUCCCCAAUUGACAUGAAUCUACCUUGUAGAACCACUUUUACUGAGUAUGGCAUUAGUACUUCCCAAUGUAAGUGGCAAGAAAUCUUGAGUGAUGACUGAACCUUUUGAACUUGUAGAGAGAUGUUCUUACAAACUGUGUUCCCUUAUAGGGCCUGGCCAUUUCUCAUGAGCUUUCAUAAUUCACUACUGAUUGGAGUAAUUGGAACCGUAAACAUAAUUAUGUGCAAAUGAAAUCAUGUGUUGCACCUGAAUCAAUUAGAAUUGUAAUAACAUGCCUUUUGUAAAAUUCCUUUCAUCUUCAUAGUUUCUGUUUGAGUGAGUCUCAUCACUAAAUUCACUGAUAUUUGUGUUGCAAAUAGCUUCUUCUUCUGUUGGCUGCUUCACAUCAUUCUUGGAAUCAUAUAGAAUAGUGUCAUUAGGUUCUUGGUCAUUUUCAUGAAUUCUUAGGAUCUAAAGUUGUUUCUUGCAUCAAUGUCUUAGACCAAAUUUUUCUUCACACGAUAACAGUUUCUUUUCACAAUGACUUUGAUAUUCUGCAUCAGUGAGAGUGAUCUGCUAGCGGUAUUGGUUGUCCUUCCCUUUCACUUGAAGCGGAGGAUUACACUUAGGCUUCCACCCCAAGAAAUAGGACACGUUCUAACUCUUUUCUUGUUCACAUAAGGUGCAAAUACAUUCCUCUGCCUCCACUGAUGCGUUCAUAAUUUCCAUCAGUCCUACUAGACUCAUGCGAGCAAAUUCUGUUUGAAUUUCUGGCUUUAGACCUUUGUUAAAUGUAUUCUCCAUUAUAAGAUCUUGGAGUUUUGUCAGGUAAGUAGGUAAACGUUCAUAUUCUGCUUGAUAUUCCUAAAUUGAGUGUUCCUGUUGGAUAUUUAGGAAUUUGUGAAAUGUGUUGCCUGCUGCAGAAGUACCAAAGUGUUUUCCCAAUUGAAACUUGAAAUGUUGUCGGUUUUGGAACAUAUACCUAUCAUCCUUUCAUAGGUACCACUCCAAUGCCAGGCCUUUGAGUUUCGUCAUAGCCAUUUCUAACUGAUCCCGCUCAUCUACCUUGUUUAACCUACAAAUUUUUCAGUACAUCUCAACCGACCUUCAGAAUUUUGCCAUGAAAUACUGGUAUCUCCCCUUUUGUGGUGAACUGAAUGAUGUUGUGACUUGUUGUAGGUUUGUUUUGAACAGAUUCUUGAGGGUGGAUGGUAGAUUGUUGUAGGAUGGCCGUUGUCUGUCUGUUCUUGACAGAAUGAUGAUGUCGGCUGUUGAUUAAGAGUCUCCUUCUUCUUUUGGGCAUCCAAUUGAGCGCAUACUGCCAGUUGGAAUUGUUGCAUGUUUUGUAAGAGAUGGUGCUUCAAAUCUAUGGAUUCUUUUUGUGAUUUUACAUAUCUUUGGCUUUCCUUCGUUGAUCUGCCCAUAGAUUCUCGUUGUCUGCUUCUAGGGCCUCAAAACAGAUGACUACUAUCUUUGGAGCCAUGCUGCUUGUGGUUGCAAGAUUGUCGGCUCUGAUACCAAUGAUACGAUCCUCCUUGGAUUGAUUGGAUCUGAGUAAAUCCGGAGAGAAACAAUUAUAUUGAUUCUCAAAAUCGGAACGAUGUUGUAGGAUAGAACAUCAAGAUGACAGUUCUAUCGAAAUACAAGAAAAAGAAGAGAGCAAGAAGAGUAAAAGGGGUGGGGAAUGAAUUCAAGAGGAUUCUCCUGUCUCUCCUGGUUCCGACUGUUCUCCCGCUCCUCUGCUGUGCGAGGAGGAUUCAAGAAGAGCGAGGUUUAUUUAUAGUCCUCACAUGUGCUGUGCACGUGUCCCCUUCUUACGCCUUCUAUAUGUCAGUAAUGGGGUCGUAACAGGUUGUUACUUGGACCAUUCUCUAAUUCUUUGAUUAGAGAGUCCUGUAUCUCUUGUGAUUUAUCUUUUUUAUAUUUCAAAUUGGAUUUUGAGGUCAUAAACUACGAAUUUUCUUUCCUGAGAAUGGAUGCAGGUUAUGGGCUGCAAGUCAUACAGUGAAUUCGCAACUCGAACAAACAUGGCAGCAAGUCCAGAUGUGGUGAUGUCUUUUCUUGUUGAAUUGAGCGGGAUUGUUAGGAAGAAGGCUGAUGAGGUAUAACAUCUUCGGAAAUGAUUACAUCUUUGUGCUUCUCUCCUAUUGAUGUCAAUAGUUGUUAUUCUCUUACAUAAGCAAUUCAAGACUAUCAGAAACUUUAAGAGACAGAAGACUGGUGAAGCUUUUGGAGAUCUAGAGCCAUGGGAUGAGUCCUACUACACAGGAAUACUAAAAUCAUCUGUGCAUGACCUUGACCAUUCAGUACGUUUUGUAACAUAUAUUUCAUUGUUGGAUCCUUCUAGAUAUCUAUUUCGAUUGCUACAACGGUUUCUCAUAAGUUUGGGUAUUUUAUUUUAUUACAUCAAUUCGCAGGUUGUAGCAUCAUACUUUCCUCUGUUACAAUGCCUCUAUGGUUUAAAGUCACUUGUUAAAUCAUUGUUUGGAGCCACAUUUCAUGAUGUUCCUCUGGAACCAAGUGAAUCAUGGCACCCAAGUGUGCUUAAAAUGUUACUACAUCAUCCCGAUGAGGUAAGCUCUAUUAGAGUCCAUGGAUUACUAAAAUUUUCAUUAGCAUCUCUUUGCGUUAUUCUAAUAAUAAUAACUGAGUUAUCGUUUUUUAGCUCUUAAGUGGACAUUUAAUUGUCCUCUUUGUCUUUCUUUUAUCACCGUGAUAGUCUCUGAUUGUUGAGAGAAAUAUGUUAAAAGAAUUUCCAAGCUCUUUAUGAAACGUGCAAGUGCUUUAAACAUUGCUGCUGAGUAGGUUUCUUGGCGAGAAUGUACUUGACCUCAAGUGAUGAUGUACUAAAACUUCAUGGUCUAUUUAUGAAUUCUUCAUAAUACAAGAAUUUCUAUGCUUAUAAGCAAUUAAUUAAUUUUUAAGCUUUUCACUCGAGAUUCAGAGCUUGUUUAUUCGUGAGAAUUAUGUAUUUGAUCCAAAUGAUGAAAGAUAAAGUUGGUCAUUUUACGAAUCAAUCUAGGUUCAAUAAAUUCGUUGUCUUAAAAAUUAAAUUUCCUUGUCUAUUUCAGGAAAAUGUUUAAAGUAAUCCUUGCAUUUUAUGUAUGUUUAGAUGAUAAUUACUAUUUUCUAUUUGCUUAAAUUUGUGCUUGUGAUUGAUGUACAUCAUUGUCAAUAUGUCAUGUUACACAAGGUUAACUGUCUCAUUGUGGUUGGUCUUUCUUGUACGAGCAGGUCUGUUUUGAAGAUUGUGACCCGAUCAACUAAUUGACAGUAAAACUCUUUUCAAUGGAAUUUUGUCUUUUGAAAACAGCAUUGCCCGUGUUUACAACUCAGAGAGUGGGAGUCCUCUCUGAAAUGAAAGCAUUUUCUUCCUCUUAAGGAAAAAAGUAUUUCCCAUUUGUCACCUGUGAAGAUACGUUACCAAGAAAAAAGUUAACAGAAAUCAACAUAGUUUCCAAGUCUCAUAUGAUACUGUCACCGUAGGCUGGUGUUCACUUACCCAACUAACAUUAUUUAUUAUUUUUCAGUUCGCCAAUAGUUUCCAAGUAAAACAUUUUUGUCUCGUGUUCCCUGUUUUUAACCAGUAUUCUUGUGUACACAUUUAUUGUUUCAUAUUAAUUGGCUAACUUGUUCCCAUACAAACAGGGAGAUUUGGGUUUUUUGUAUUUGGACCUCUACGCCAGGAAAGGCAAAUAUCCAGGCUGUGCUCAUUUUGCAAUUAAAGGGGGCCGCCGACUGUCUCCAAAAGAAUAUCAGUUACCCGUAUGUCAAUUUCCUAUACGUGGGAAAAAAUAUUAAACAUCUAUAUUUUGUUUUCUUUUAUCUGUUGUCCCGUGUUGUGCAAUGAAAUCACAUGUUUUUAGAGAAAAUCGUAUAAAUCCUUAUGCUUUUGCCCCCCGAAAGAGAAAUGUUGAAAUUCUUAAUAUUCUUGAUCGUUGAUGUAAGAACUUAAUACAUUCGAAAAGAAAAGCUGACAUCAUUAAUGCCCCUGAUCAUUGUCGUAAGAAUUCGGCGAAUCAUAUGUUCAUGCAUCCAAUUUAUAUGUUUUUCAUGUAAGCAGAUGCUUCUUGUUACACUUAAUCAGCAUCACAUCACAUAUGCCGUGUAACUUCUUUGUGGAGUGAUAACAGAAGAUGUAUCUGAGCACAGGAGAAACUGGUGCGAGGGUGGAAACUGUCUUUUCUCUGGGCUUUAUUCUGCAAUAAACGGUCUUUUAAAGAUGUUUUAUGCGGUCUUUAUUUUCAUCAGGCAUUUCUCACCUGUUGAAAUAAUAUUUGCACCUUCUAUUAUGCUUUGUAUUAGCACAUGGAUGAUUAUUGCGUAAAGGAUUUAAAUUACCAUCAAUAAUAAAAAAGGAAUCUUUUUAUUAGUUACUAUCAUGUGGCUCUGUGCCAUGCUUGUCUAGCAUGUUUCAAAUUUUUCUUUUUUUCAUUUUAUCUUUGACCAAACUUUUCAUGACAUCUAAAAUUACGUAGGUUGUUGCUCUUGUAUGUAAUUUCUCUGGUUCACCUGGAUCAUUAAAUUCAAGGCUUAAUCACGGAGAAGUGGAGACCCUUUUUCAUGAGUUUGGUCAUGCUCUUCAUUCUUUGCUCUCUAGAACGGUAUAAAUGUGACAACUCUGUCUUCGUUCUUUACUCCCUGCGUUACAAGCAUCUUUGUCAAUUACUCUACAUGGAUAUGGGUUCCUCAACCUUCUCGUUUUAAUUCUUACAGGACUAUCAGCAUUUUUCUGGUACAAGAGUCGUUUUUGACUUUGCUGAAGCACCUGCGAAUCUUUUUGAGUACGAACUGGGCUCUUUUUUCGUUGUUGUUAUUUAUGGCUUCUGGUAUAAAAAAAGUAAUACUGUAGUUAAAAUGAAAGUUCACCCAUGAAAUGUCGGGGAUUUAUCUUCGAUUUUCCGGAGACGAAAAAUCAAGCAAAUUUCAGACUCCAGGCAUUCAGAACCCAUUACACUAACUUGAGCAUGAUUGUAAAGUGCAGAGAAGUCAGACCCAUUAACUUUCUGCAAGUCUUGCUUCAGUGGUGACUCUCACUUUCUGCAUGUAUUUCAAGACCGUGUACGGCUUGAAGGUUAUUAUUGUAUACACUUUGAGAGAUGAGAACCGUGUAGCAGAAUUUUGUUGGCCUUUAGAACCAUUUCACCAAAUCCUUUGUCUCGUAUUUGUCAUCCAAAGGUGGUUGUGAGCCUCAUAAGAUCAUCCAUAACUUGGAUCAUGAUGGAAGUAUCAAUUGCGACGGUUUAGAUAGAUUAUGAGGCCGUCUUCCUUCCUAUUUUAAUGUUUUUUUUGAAGUAUGAAUGGCCUGAAGGUCUCUAGAACACAAAUAUUUUUGACAAUUUCCUUUUUCGUGGAAGACAUUCUGUCCUGGGAAUUAACUAUAUUGAGGCCACCGGAAAGUUUUCUAGGAAUGGCAUUUUUUUGAAAGCCAUUAAUAGCCCUUUAUUCGCAGGCCGCCCUUGGAACAUUUUAGUGGAAUAUGAGCCUAUCAGACGGCAGCAAUGCUGGGAAUCCAGUGAUACCCUGAAAAAUUCAAUUGUCAUCCCCCAACCACAUCAUGCUUUCUUUUGUGGUUUUAUAUAUAGACAUAAUCGACGUCCUGAUUUCAUUGAUCUUCUAGAUACUAUGCAUGGGACCAUCGAGUUCUAAAGACCUUCGCUAGGCACUACUCAACAGGCGAGGUGAUACCUGAAAGACUGGUGGAAGCCCUGAACGAUGCAAGGCGCAUGUUUGCUGCAACCGAACUCCAACGGCAGGUAUUUCCCUCUCAUCGUUCGGAUUUUCCUUUUCACCAAAUUUCGUGCGUCCUUAAAAACCUGCCGGUUUGGGAAAUUGGUUAGUGUAGAUAUUCUACGCUUUGAUCGACCAAACGCUGUUCGGAGAGCAGCAGCCGACUUCCACGAGAGACACUGCUUCUGUCAUCAAUGAUUUAAGAAGGCAGCAUACGAGUUGGAAUCAUGUGGAGAGUACACAUUGGCACGUCCGUUUUAGCCACCUCAUAAACUAUGGCGCCGGUGGGCAUCUCAAGAGAAGACCCUUCUAAUUUUUUUUUCUAAGUGUUCUCCAUUUUAGGCGGCCAUUUUGAUGCUUUCUCGGACUGGGCUUGGUGUACGCAGGGUACUACAGCUAUCUGUAUGCAAAGUGCUUCGCCUCCAGCAUUUGGAAGGAGGUUUGCUGUGAGGAUCCGCUCUCUCCAGCGGCGGGAUCUGUCAUUAGAGCCAAGUUUCUGAAGCACGGCGGAGCCAGAGACCCCUCGGAGUUGUUGAAGGACCUGGCGGGGGAGGGCGUCAUGAGACGCUGUGCAGGGGGCAUCAUCCCGGAUGUGAGUGACCUCUGUGAAGAGAUGAACUUGUGA